AUGCUCUCCACUCUCGCCAAAUCCGCUGUCAGGCCGGUGUCGAAAGUCGUAAGGAAUGCCGCACUGUCGACCGCUGCCGCUAAACCAAAAGAGAGGGAAGCAAAACCACCAGUGGAGUCCAAGUCGUUUGUCAUGAACCUCUUUCGAGGCCGAGCCGUCAAUGAACAAGUUUUUCCCUAUCCGCUGAAGUUGGAUGACGAUCAACGAGAAACCCUGAACAUGUUCAUGGCACCCACUGAGAAGUUCUUCGAGGAGGUCAACGAUGUGGUGAAGUGA